CAGGAACUGAAAUGGCAGCUCACAGAGCGAGGCUUCAAGAAUUUGAAGAUACUUUGCAAUCCGAUUCUAUUGACAGAAAACGACUUGGAAGACUAUGUUUCAAUGGAUGUCCAUUUGAAAAUGGAUACCGGUCUAUAUGUUGGAAAUUACUGCUGAAUUACCUGCCAAAAACCAAAUCACAAUGGAAAGAGGUAUUAUCUAAACAAAGAGAGCUCUACAACCACUUUGUGGAUGAGAUGAUAGUAAAACCUGGUGCAGAAUCUUCAUCUGGUGCCCAUGCUGAUGAUCAUCCGUUGAACCCUAACCCCAACAGUAACUGGGGUACCUAUUUCAAAGACAAUGAAAUGCUACUACAGAUAGACAAAGAUUGUCGACGACUGUGUCCAGACCUGUUUUUCUUUCAACGAGCCACAGAUCACCCAUGUAAGGAGAUAAUCAAUGCUGCCUCUGGUGUUGAAACCCUUAGAAAGCGUGUGGAGCAGUGCGUUCUCCAGUCAGAAACUAUCCAGGUUGAUAGACUGGGCAAGGCAAAUAUGAUAAUGAGCCGACGUAAGCGGAGUGAGGAGUACAUGACACUCCCAGAUGGACAGGAGGCUCACUGGGAGGUUGUAGAGAGGAUACUCUUUAUAUACGGCAAACUGAACCCUGGACAAGGCUAUGUACAGGGUAUGAAUGAAAUCCUUGGCCCUAUUUACUAUACCUUUGCAACAGAUCCUGAUGCCCAGUGUAAAGAGUAUGCAGAAGCAGAUUCAUUUUUCUGUUUUACCAAUCUUAUGUCAGAGAUUCGAGAUAAUUUUCUGAAAACGCUAGACUUUGAUUCACAGUGUGGAAUAGGUAGUAUGAUGUCCAAGCUUGUAGACAAAAUGAAGUCUAGUGAUGAACGUGUGUCCCAACGAUUACAGGAACUUGACCUCAAACCUCAGUAUUAUGCCUUCCGGUGGAUCACACUUUUACUGUCACAGGAGUUUCCCCUUCCAGACGUACUACGAAUAUGGGACUCGCUAUUUGCAGAUGAAGAGCGGUUUGAUUUCCUCAUAUGUAUGUGCUGCGCAAUGCUCAUUCUUGUACGUGAUGAACUGAUCUCUGGAGACUUUCCUCACAGUAUGAAAUUGGUUCAGAAUUAUCAGAAGACAAAGAUUGACCUACAGACCAUUCUGUCCAAAGCUGUAGAAAUCAGAUAGCACUUGGAUCACACUCCUGUUGGAGAAUACUUUUCAAUAGUACGGUGUACGUGGUAUUGAACAACUGUGAUAAAUAUGGGUCAGACUGCCAAUGAUACAAAAGUUGACGAGUUUACUGGCAUCAGCUUAAACAUAGAUGGUAACAUGUUGUAGCACUGUUGUCAUAUCUCCAUGUGAACGAUAUUGGCCAGAUCAUCGUAUGAAAGAUCAGGGUCAAAAGUAACAUGGUUUGAAGUUUGAUACAAUUGGUGCAUUCACCUUUCUGUUAAAGAAAACAUGACAUAUAAUUUAAGAUAAAAAUUACAUAUGUGAAAGAUUGUCAAUACUUCACCAUAUUAAAUCUACAGGGUAAGAAAGCAGUACCUUCAUUUCAAAAGUUACAACAAAUAUUCUUAUGUAUGUUAAAGAAGUUUUAACUGUAACUCUCAUUUAGAUAGAAUUUAGUCCAGGAAAGGAUGUUUCACAUUUGUUAAAUGUGUACAGAAUAGAUGUACAGAUUUGGCAGUAAUUUGUGUACAGAAUGAAUGUACAGAUU